AUGAGCCGACAAAAGUGGUGCUGCUGCUUGCCGCUUUCGUGGUCCGUCUACGCGUCAACGUUCAUCUGCUGGGUGACGCAGCUCGCGCUGUCGAUUCUAUUUAUUACACAGGGCUCCUACCCGAGCUACGGUACCAUCGGGGUUUGCUGCAUGUUCUUCAUCAUCGCCAUUGUUGGCAUUAUGCGUCAAAAUACGUGCAUGCUGCGUUUUUAUCAGAUUUAUACGACGUUGCUGCUCAUCGGCCUGAUCGGCAUCAUCGGCUGGAUGUGCUACAUCACUGUCCGGGGGGAUGACAAUGUUUUUUAUGAUAACUGCGUCGCUGAUAAGUACUAUGACAAUGGGUGCAAAGGAGACGCCCGGCGCAUCGCCAUCCUGGCCAUCAUCUUCGCGCUGGUCGGGCUGGCCGCGGUGAUGACGGCAUUAAGAAGUGUUCAUACUUAUAUUGACUAUAUUGUGAUGAAGCGGAUGGCACGUCCGGAUCCCUGUUGUCAAGCCCCGCCCCCAGCCCCACUUCCACAACCCGGAAUGAACGUCAAUGUGGUGGUUCAACCCCAGACCGGCGGCUAUCCGGUCAGCUAUGUUUACGCCGCCCAGCCGGGAGUACACUAUCAACAACAACCAACCGUCCCACCGGCCUACCAACCAGUCUAUCCGACGUAUCCGGCUCAGACUCCUGGUGGUAGGCGCUGCUCGAGUUGCUCCCGAUUUGAUCGCAAAACGCGCGACGCCUUCAGCCAGCCCGUUCAGAUCGUGCAGUUAUACGGCAUGACGGAGGCCGGACUACUAAUUUUCAUGACCCCACCCGACAACGAUAGGCUCGAUUCCGUGGGGCUACCCCUGCCAGGGGUGGAUCCGGAUGGCUGGUUUCCGAGCGGUGACCUUGCUCGAGUCGACGCCGAUGGUUUCGUCUCCAUUGUAGGCCGAACAAAGGAGAUGAUCAAAGUGCGUGGCUGGCAGGUGUCCCCCUACGAGCUCGAGGAGGCCAUAAAAACCAAUAUUUUUGGUGUUGAAGACGUGGCGAUCAUAGGUGUAGAAGUUGAAGAAGGACUGAGAAAAUCUGGAUGCACCACCGCAGCUACCGUACCCCAAUCGAUUGGCCAGCGCCCGUACGCCUUCGUGGUGGGACCCGAGUGUGAUCCGGAGGCUGUGAAGAGAUUUGUGGAAGAAAACUUCGUUUCCUACAAGCACCUUGCUGGGGUCGCGGUUGUUGACGAGCUGCCAAGGACGGCUUCCGGGAAGCUGUGCCGUCACAAAUUGCUAGAAUUUCCUCGUACACUAGACGAA